GACUAUGUCCAGGCUCUAACAGGGUUGUGUUAUGGAUGGAGUGGAGGGGCUGAUCUACCUGGUGCUGUUCUCCUUCGUCACAGCUCUCAUGUUCUCCUCCAUCGUCUGCAGUGUGCCACACACCUGGCAGAGCAAGAGGACGGAUGAUGAGGAUGGAGAAGACGAGUCUGCUGCCCAAGGCAAUCGGGGGGCGGGUCCUCAUGAUAACCUGUACCGCGUGCACAUGCCCAGCCUCUACAGCUGUGGUAGCAGCUACGGCAGCGAAGCUAGCAUCCCUGCUACGGCCCACACUGUCAGCAAUGCCCCUGUCACUGAGUACAUGACCCAGAACGCAAACUUUCAGACCCCCAGGUGUGAGAACACGCCUCUGAUUGGCAGGGAAUCCCCUCCACCCUCUUACACCUCGAGUAUGAGGGCCAAGUAUCUGGCCACCAGUGGACCGGACCAGAACCGACGGUCAGUCCCCAAUGACCAGUUGGACCCUGCCAGCCGACCACAUCCCCUCGCCAGACCACAGUCAUCUGUCCACUAGAACCUUCCAGAACCUACCAAAACCUCCUAGAACCUAUUAUAACCUACCAGAAUAUUCUAGACAGAACUCAUCAACCACAAAAGAACGGGAACCAACCAGAACCAAUUUUUCAUUCCACUAAAGAACCACCCAACCCACUAGAACCACAACUCUUUAGAACCUGUUGACACAGUAGUCCACGUUAUAGACCAGAACCACUAAGGAUCAUAACCACCUCCUCAGCCCAUAGGAACCACUAAAUAAUACUUCUCACAUUCACCUGAACAGACCAUCUAGCCCAGCUCACCAGAACAGAACCUCAACCAAUCAGCCAACCAACACCAACCUACCUACAAGACUCCAGAAGAUCACCAUGAACCUUUGUAGAUCUCCCACCUCCCCCCCACCACCACCUCAACUCCCACAGUCCCACUCAGCUCUACACCAUCUCAAGCUGGAUCCUCCACCUCUUUACCAAGUAUACUGCCCUCUGGUGGUGACUGCCGGUAUGAGCCUGUUUAUUAAGUAUACUGCCCUCUGGUGGUGACUGCCGGUAUGAGCCUGUUUAUUAAGUAUACGGCCCUCUGGUGGUGACUGCCGGUAUGAGCCUGUUUAUUAAGUAUACGGCCCUCUGGUGGUGACUGCCGGUAUGAGCCUGUUUAUUAAGUAUCGGCCCUCUGGUGGUGACUGCCGGUAUGAGCCUGUUUAUUAAGUAUACGGCCCUCUGGUGGUGACUGCCGGUAUGAGCCUGUUUAUUAAGUAUACUGCCCUCUGGUGGUCACUGCCGGUAUGAGCCUGUUUAUUAAGUAUACUGCCCUCUGGUGGUGACUGCCGGUAGAGCCUGUUUAUUAAGUAUACUGCCCUAUGGUGGUCACUGCCAGUAUUAGCCUGUUUAUUAAGUAUACUGCCCUCUGGUGGUCACUGCAGGUGUGAGCCUGUUUAUUAAGUAUACUGCCCUCUGGUGGUCACUGCAGGUAUGAGCCACACACACAAACAUCCUGUAUAGAACUGUAAAUAGUGAAAUAGUAUGAGUUACAUUCUGGAGGAAGACUCAACUGAAACAUGGUGGUAUUUAGAGUGUGUGUUUCCAAGGUCUGAGGCUGUAUCUCAUUCUAGGCCACACACACACAGAGAGGCCUGUACGUGUGUGUACCUCUCUCUACUCUACCUGCCUCUGUAAACAACCCUCCUGCCAUCUAAUCUACCAAGCCACUAGGACACAGAAUCUGACUGCAAAACGGCCCCCUGCACUCUGCAAAACGCUCCAACAUUCCUGUAACAUCUGGUAUUUUAAACUUCACUGCAAAGGGCUGUUGUGCAGACGGACCAUGUGGCCUGAAGCUGAAUCAGAAAGCCAUGUUGUGGAGUAACCACUCUCUGUAGAUAGAUUUAGCCACCACUGUACAGCAGUGACAUGUUAGCAUUUAGCCUGUGUUAAGAGCCACGUUAACUAACUACAUGUAUGACUACAACUUGAAAUCGUGACCUCUCUCUAGAGUGUGUUCAUGUGUUCUGUGUGUGUUUGCGUGCGUCUAACGCACAUGUAAAUAUGAGUCCAGGACCGAACGGAACAUGGUGUAAUUCCAAACAUUCUGAAAUCAGAUUCCGAUUCCAGAUUCCCAGAGAAAGAGUUUGCGUUCCCAAAAAGACGAAGGGAUAUGGGAGAGCUCACCUGUGGGCUCAUAACUCUGUAUAAAUGAGGGAUGUGACCUCUCCUAAACUGAAGGACCUGGGGGAGCUCAUCUGUGGGUUAACAACUCUGUAUAAUGAGGGAUGUGACCUCUCCUAAACUGAAGGACAUGGGAGAGCUCACCUGUGGGCUCAUAACUCUGUAUAAUGAGGGAUGUGACCUCUCCUAAACUGAAGGACCUGGGGGAGCUCACCUGUGGGUUAACAACUCUGUAUAAUGAGGGAUGUGACCUCUCCUAAACUGAAGGACCUGGGGGAGCUCAUCUGUGGGUUAACAACUCUGUAUAAUGAGGGAUGUGACCUCUCCUAAACUGAAGGACAUGGGAGAGCUCACCUGUGGGUUAACAACUCUGUAUAAUGAGGGAUGUGACCUCUCCUAAACUGAAGGACAUGGGAGAGCUCACCUGUGGGUUAACAACUCUGUAUAAUGAGGGAUGUGACCUCUCCUAAACUGAAGGACAUGGGAGAGCUCACCUGUGCCAAAAUAACUGAAUAAUGAGGGAUGUGACCUCUCCUAAACUGAAGGACAUGGGAGAGCUCACCUGUGGGUUAAUAACUGAAUAAUGAGGGAUGUGACCUCUCCUAAACUGAAGGACAUGGGAGAGCUCACCUGUGCCAAAAUAACUGAAUAAUGAGGGAUGUGACCUCUCCUAAACUGAAGGACAUGGGAGAGCUCACCUGUGGGUUAAUAACUGAAUAAUGAGGGAUGUGACCUCUCUUUAUCCCAUCAUUCCUUUUUUUAGUUCCUUAAUUCUCAGAAAGGGAAAAUAAAUGCUGGAUAAUGUUGGAUCAUACGGUGAAAGACAGAGAAAGACUCUUAAAAUAAAAUGUGUUUUUAAUUUAGUUUUAAAAAAUGUAACUUGAUAAUGAAGAAUUGGGGUGCUGUGACCAACUUUCUCUUUAAAUAAAUAAAUGUUUACUUCCAUUUUUAUUAUUUCGUCAAACAGGGAUCUUCUUUAACGACCUGACUAAAGGUCACGAUGAGGUUAGAGGUCACAACCUUUCUCAAAACAGGACGUUUUUUUUCUUCUUUUUCUCGGAAGCACAAACGAUCUUUGCGGUAACUAUGGGAGACGGAAAAGAAGAACACCCACACGUCAACGUAACGUGUGUGUGUUGUGGGAACGCUUAGAGCCUCGUGGAACAUGGUGAAGUGAAAGGAAAGGUCUCCUUAACCUAGGUUAGGGGCCAACCAUAGAGUAAGAUACUUUACUAGGUACUCUAUCUAACUCUAUGGGGCUGCCAGUCGUUUAUCUCUAGGGGCCGACCAUAGUUAGACAGAGGACUCUCUAAAGACCCUCGUACCUUACUAGGUACUGUAACUCUAUGGGGCUGCCAGUAGUUUAUCUCUAGGGGCCAACCAUAGUUAGACAGAGGACUCCCUAAAGACCCUCUUACCUUACUAGGUACUCUAACUAACUCUAUGGGGCUGCCAGUAGUUUAUCUCUAGGGGCCGGCCAUAGAGUAAGAUAGAGGACUCUAAAGUUCACUCUUACUUUACUAGGUACUCUAUCUAACUCUAUGGGUCUGCCAGUCGUUCUCUCUCUCGCUACUAUGUGCCGUGAAGUGUAUGAUGAUAAUAGUGUAGCUGUAAUCUCUCUCAUCACUCUUGUGUGUGAUGGCUCGUCCAGUGUAGUCUUGGUAUUGCUCUCUUCUCUCCUGUGUGUGCUGUCUGUCUGUACGUACAGUACAGUGGUCUGUGUGUGCUGUCUGUCUGUACAGUACAGUGGUCUGUGUGUGCUGUCUGUCUGUACAGUACAGUACAGUGGGCUGUGUUGCCAGCAAAUUAAGGGUCAUUAUUAUUAUCCAAUCUUCGUCUAAGAAACACACACACUAACGUUCAUUGCAGACCCACACAUUGCAGACACACACAUUGCAGACCCACACAUUGCAGACACACACAUUGCAGACACACACAUUGCAGACACACACAGUAUUCUUUAUAUCUAGCCAUAGUCCUGUGAACUGUCUCACACACACCCUAGAACUACAGUACCCAUAACACCCUCACUUCUGUAAAUUUGACACUGGUUAGCAUUUGCAUCAUGGGAAAUGUAGUGUAUUAACUAGAGGGAUUUCAAGUUAAUGGGAGAAAGAGUCCAUAGGAAUGAUCGUUCAAACGAUCUUGAUCAACUCGCUCUGGGUAGAAGUUGCCUUUAACCACAUAUCUAGGAUCAAUUUACUCUCCCAUUAUCCUAAUCUUAACCAUUAGGCGGAACACACACACAAAAAAAAAUCUUCGAUCAGUGUCUAGGAAGCAACUUCAUCCUACCCGGACAAGCUCAGUGUGUGUGUGUAUAUAAUUGACUGUGAAUGAAAGACCAGCGAGACAAUCGUAACUGGCGUGAUUCCACUCCUUCUUAAUGUUCUGUUUAUCACGUCACCAUGACAACGCUACCUAUACUACGGCGUUUUGCACGACGGGAGGAGGACCGAAAAAAUAAAUAUAUAUAUAUACUGUUGGAAACUAAAAGAACCAAUGGCCUUUUCUUAAACUUGUAACAAUCUAACAACUCUUCAUAUCACACGUUUUAAUUUGUCUGUCUUCUAAAAAAAAAAGAAUCAUAAAAAACAAACUAUAGCUAGCUCUUUUUGUAGGGUAAUAAUUAUUAUUAUUACGGUAAGAGCACCAUUUGUUUUCUGUUUUUCUUUAUAAUAAUGCCGAAUGACUGUCUUGAAUUGCAUUUUUAUUUUUUAUAAAACCGUACUGUAGACUUGUUACAUUUUUUUGAUGGUUGUUUUUAUGUACCUGGCUACAACAACGGUUUACUAAGACGAUAAUACUGUCUGUUCUCAACUGUGGUGGUGACAUUAUUGAGCCUGGAAUCCAUGUUUUAAAACCAGAAUUAAAACAACUUUGACUCAGAA